AUGCGAGGGAGCGAAGUAAAAUGCGAGAAAACAAAAGUGCGUUUGUGCUUCGAUGAAAGAGGAGGAGGAGGCAGCGUUUGGAAGAAAUGCUCAAGACACGACCUUCACGAAUUCGGUUUUGUCUGCGUUGGCGGCGUUUGUCCUUACUGCCUCCAGGAACGCCUCUCAUCUCUCUGCCCUGAGUGUGCCCACGUUCUUCCAUGUUCGUGCACUCCACGCGCCUCCGUCUCUUCCUCCGCCGGUGGAGAAGGUGAUGUUCCGUUCGCCGGCGUCGGUUCGGUUGGCCGCGUUGCCAACCUGAUCGAAUGCGAACCGGCGUUUAGGAGAUCGACAUCGAUUGCGGUUCCGUCUUUCUGGUCUGCUAAACUGGAGUCGGUUUCGGAAACUGGUUCGGAUGUCAAACAGGAUCGUGGACGUUGGCUCUGGAGAUUGUUGAGAGGAGGAAACAAGGGAGACACGAAAACGAAGGAUGCCACGGUCAUGAAGAAGUCGAGAUCCGACGGCGGAGAAGUGCUAUUUUCUCCUGCGCCGGUGACUAGCAAAGGAAAUGGUUGGUACUUCCCAAGUCCGAUAAAGGUUUUCAGACAAUCAAGAGUCUCCAAGAUGAUUUUUCAGCAACGAUCUCCUUUGUACAGAGGCUAAAUAUUGAGUUUUCUUUAG